GCGCGCGGAAGCCAUUGACAGAGACAUGCACGGCAAUAGUGGCAUCCCGCCCCAACGCAGCAAGAUACAGUGCAGAGUGCUACGAUGCGCUUGGCGUCGGCUCCAUGACACACGUCUCUGUGGGCCUGCCAGCGUUGCUGGCCGCUGCUCGACCGCCAAAGGCUGUACAAGACGCCUGGCAUGCAUGGCCAUGCCACGCCGUCGCCGCCAUGGGCCAUGGCGCGAGCCAUCGCCAUCGCUGCCAUGGCUACUGCAAGCGGUAGCGGCAAGUCCGUGGCCGCGUCGCCGUCGUCCUUCUCUGCAGUCGCACCUUGUUGACGAAUCCGGGUGCGACGUCGUACUUAGGGGGAAUUUUUGCGUAUUUUCUCAACCGCCUGGUUCGAUACACUGAGUGUUUGUAUGCGCAUCUGAGUAAAAUGGAGAAAUUCCGGUAAAGUGCGGUCGUCACAGUGCUUCUGGGCGGCCGCAACUUGCGCUUUCACACCUCUAUACAUAGCCGCUUCAAGAUGAUGUCCAAGCGACGUGCGAACGGGAAGGACGGCAGCAAGCCCGAGAUGGGCAUGGCCCAGCGCAUGACGCUCAAGAUCCUCUCGCUCUAUGACAGCACGACCAACGUCGACGCCAUCAUCCAGGAGCUGUACCAUCCCGAAGCGACGUUCUCGGACCCGCUGGUCGAAGUCUCGGGCCGCGACAAGGUGGCCGCCCAGUUCCGCGUCUUGCCGUCGUUUGUCGCGCAGUCGCAUGCGACGUUGAUCCGCGGCUCGAUGGCGGGCGUGAGCAUCCUUACGAUUGACAGCACGGUCACGUACAAGCUCAAGCCGUUCCCAGAGUACAUGGGCGGCGCCUUGCGUAUGUUUACGGUCAUUGAGCUCGAAGACCAAAAGGUCAUUUCCCACACGGACCAUUGGGACAUUCGUUCGGUCUUGGAGAACGUGCCGAUGCUCUCAUUCUUCUACCGGCAUUUGCGCACGAGCGUCGGGAGCGCGUCGUCGCACGUCAUCAACGUCUUCUUGCCCGAGUCGUCGCCGCCGUCCGAGGAGAACCAGCUCCUCGACGCGCCGAGUACCGACCACGACUAGGAUUAUCUCGUUAAUAUAAUAGUUUAUAGCUGCGCCAGUAGACAAAGAAACGCAGAUCGGCCUUUUCGUAUCAA